CCUGGCAUUCAUAUUCUGUUACUUCAAAAUUUAAAGGGUAUGUGGCAUUUUCAUAGCAUUUUGAUUUGUGAAGCUUAUAUGACCAUAUGAUUAUGUGAGCCAACACUGUCCCUGUGAUUAAUCUCUUCUGUACACAGUAGCACCCAGAGUUCAGGAACGCCCCUCUUCUGGUCACCUAGUAACUUUUCACUGGUUAACAACAAGCUUAAACUGUUAGGUUGCAGGAGAAUGCUUGACUAUCUGACUUGGAUCCUACUCAAGACUUUGGAAGAAAUAACCACUGCCAAGUUUGAACAUGCUAAACCUUUUGUUUAGCAUGGCCUUGUUGACAGGGGAGAAAUACAUUUUUUUUGACCUUAGAAAUGAAUACAGAAGACAUGAGGUCAGGUAAAUUAGGCGAAAUAUUGAAGCAGAUUUGGAGACAAAACCAAAUGUUAAAGAAGGCACUCCUAGGUGAUGAUCUCCGUGAGGAGGUUGGUGGAGCCACUUGGACAGCCACUGUUAUUUUUUUAGGUCAAAGACUCAAUGAAGCCCUUUAUCAACUUUUGGAGCACACUGCAGUGUCUCUUCAAGCUACCUGCCAACAGCUAUAUAUACUGCUUGACAAGGAUAAUCAAUGUAUCUGGAGACAAGAAACUAUUGCUUUCAUAGACUGCCUCAUGAAAAAGAAUGUAUUGGGGAACACUGCUUUGCUUCUAAAGAGAGAAGAAAAAGAGAUGUGUAAUUUAUGCAGCAUGCAUGAGGACCAUAUUCCACAGCAGACAAUACCAGCCAUUCAGGAUACCAAAGCAACAGACAUUGCUUCAAGAAGGGAACUAAAUGUCAUGGAAACAGUGACUGUUGCUUCUACAAAUGCAGGGGAGAGCCAUUGCACGGACCAGGUCAAGUUAACAGAAAAUAAAACACAGAUAAAUUCUGCAAAAGAAAACAAUGCCCUAUUGAGUGGAAAUGUAAUAGGGCAAGAAGAAUCACAGAACACAGUGUUCCCUGAUAAUACAGAAAAUGAAGAUGAAAAACAAAUUGAACAUGUGACUGCUGAGAACACAAAUAGCAACAAGAAAGACAUUCAUGAUGCGAUCCAGACAACAGCAAGGGAGAUUCAAGAGACCUCAGAAAGCCAAAGAGAAAAGAUUACCACAUGGGAUGUCUCCAGUAAGGACAUGAAUAAUCUUCAUAGUGAGACAGAGAGCCUAAGACAAAAGGCUAACAUAAUGGAAAAGGAGUAUCUUGCUGUGCUGAGUGAUGGGGCUGACCCUCAAGUCUCUUGUUACAUUACUGCGCCCUUGCACAUCCUACAGCAGGUUGACUGCCAGAUAACAAAUGACAUGAGCUCCUUUUUAGUGAAUGAUAAUGAAGAAUUGGUCAGCAAUGUCAUCACUGUUGCAUGCUCAGAUAAGAAAAAGAAAAUUCCAUUCCCAAUAUGCAUUGCAAUUCCAUUCAAGGCACGCUACAAGGGAAAUUACAGAGAUAUUAUGGUGAAAAUGUCUGACACAAACUUUCAGUCAAGUUACCUAAUCCCUAAUUUACUGGAAAGAAUGAGGGGAGGUUGUAAGGGGACUUGUGCUGCAGUGAAUGUUUACAAGCUGGGAAUGUUUUCUGUCGUGUCAUGUUAAAAACAGUCCUUCACAGUGACAAAAAAGGGACUCACUUUGACGUCCAGCAUGGAUGCCUGGAUAUCCUUCAGUUAUCCUGUAAGAGUUUUCAACUCACCAGUGCUUGCACAGUUAAAGAUCCAGCCAGUUGACCCUUCUCUAGUGUCAUAUUUAAAAACAAAUCAAGAUCCUUCCUGCUCAGUAGUGUCCACCAGUCCACUUAUUUACGUCCAGCAUCCAUCAACCCAUCCCUUUCAGAAGCCAGUCACUGUAUUUCUCCCUUGUUCUCCUCUACCUGACAAAAAGACCCUUGUGUUUGAGAAAGAUCAUAGAGGAGAAGAGAGUGCAGCAGUACACAGCAACCUGCCAAUACCCUCCUACUUCAACAGGUCCAAAAGUACAUCCAUCAGUAAACAUGGUAACAAUGCAUGUGGAACACUAAAAUUACUUGGAUUCACAAGCAGAGAUAGUGGUUGGUUUGGGAUCGAUGACAUUGUGGUGAAAGUUGUCCAGAUUGGCUUGGUAUCAUUCAAAUUAUAUGAACAUUUAGAGAGGUUUAUAGUGCUCCAACUCUCUUCCCCAGUGGACAAUAGCCAUUUAGUUUCUUUUGUCAAGUCUUUAGAGGAAGCCUCCCUCAGCACCACUGCCUGCAUUGUAUUGUCACACCAGAAGGACAAUCCACACAGAGUGGUUAUUUUAGCAGUACCUGCUAAGGAGUUAAAUCUAGCACUGAAGAACUUGCAAUCAGAAGGGUUUGGAGGACUUCCAGAAUAAUCUAGACAUUUCCAAGUAAGAGAAGGAGAACAACUUCUUUUAAGGUUUACUGGAAACAUAUUUGGUUCAAGCAAUGGGAAGGAUUAUGGGAAAGACUACAAACUCAUUUUUCACCUGCAAAGAAAACCCAGGUUAGAACUCCACAUGAAAGAGGUGGAUGAAUUUGGGAAUUAUAGCUGCCCUCAUUAUAAAGGCACUAUUACAGUCUACAAAGUAUCCAGAGAGAAGAUUGUCCCCAGUUUGGAUCAAGCACUUCAUGAAAAUCUUUAUCAGUUUCCAGUUUGCAAAUUACCACUAAAAUUGCCGAAGGUAAAAAAAAUGAUUAAUAGGGCAAUGCCAACCAAAAGAGUUUCUACAGACCCUCUAGAGGCCCUAUGGGAUAACUUGCUCCACUGGCUAGCUGACUAACUCUCUGAAUAAGGUGCUGAGGUCCUCACAGCAUCCCUCCUGCUGCGCCAGAGCACAGUCUAGCUCAUCAAACUCAAGCAUCCUGAUGAUCUGACUGAGCAGAUCUAAGAACUCCUUUGCUUCUGGAAAAGAUCACUCCUGACUUUCACUGACAAAAUUCGUCUCCUGGCUCGCCAUCUCCGCAAGAUGGGCUGGGGCCAUCUUGCAGAAGAGCUCAAAUUCAAAUGGGAACAUAAGGUGUUCACAGAACCACAGCCCUGGUUUGAUGCGGCUGCUGAAUAA